AUGCGCGGCAGUCCUUCCCCAAACUUGCCCUUAUCAUCGCCAAAUUCGUCGAUCAAGAUGUACGAGCUCUUUCUCACGACGCUCGUCGACGACGACGAUAUCCAGGCGGCAUGCUCCGUCCUCGGCGGUCUCUGCGCCAUGCCGGCCUGGCAGAGUCUCCAUCGCGUCCUUUACUUCAAGGGCCCAGGCAAACCCGGCGGAAUCUCGAACCAAAGUUCGAUCAUCAAAACCCCGCGCAAGGACAUCCAGAUGCUGUGGAAAGACCUGCAUCAGCAACUGAGCCGUCAAUCUUACAUCCUCCAGGCCCGAUAUGAGGUCUUCAAGGAUAAGGACUUCGGCCCGACCGCUCCGGAAGUGGACUUCAAUGCGCGCGCCGGUACCCUCCGAUGGACCGAUUUCCCUGAUCCUCCCCAGGUCCGCUCAUCGGUCACUCAGCGCAAGAAGACUGAAAUUUGGGAUCAAAGGAACUUGUUGUCUGUGAUGAAGGACAACAACUACCAGGAUCUGACAAUAUGCAGGUUCAAAAGCGAGGCUAUUGAGGAGACCUAUCAGUUCUUCCGAGAAGAUGUGGAAUUUUGCCUCUCGAGACACUACAUUCUCCAGAUGAACGGUGACAAUGGUCCUCUCACUCAAACAGCUACAUGGGACACCAUGUCACCGGCGGAUCCCGGGCAGCGUUGGAUGUUUCUGAUUAAGGUUCAUGUUCAUCAAGACAACAAGCCUGAUGAGAUUCUCAAGGCGCACGAGCAGUUGGCCAAUAUUCGACGUGAGCUCGAGGGCGUCUUCGAGUUCAAGAUGUUUGACCGACGUAUACACGAUACCCGCGUUGCGGUUGAGAUGCGAAAUGCGCCUGCACCACUGCCUCAAGUCAUGACCAUCACAGACCAGCGGUCGAGCACCAUCGCUGGUCGUUGGAACUGUACUCGCCAAUGCUUCGGCCUCUAG